UACACGGCCGACAAGAUUCCUGACCAAACAGGCAAGACAGUCAUCGUAACAGGUGGCAAUACGGGCAUUGGCUACGAGACGGCGCUUCAGAUUGCUCUCCACGGUGCCAAAGUGUACAUUGCUGCACGUUCAGAGUCUCGUGCUCAAGGAGCCAUCGAGAAGAUUCGUGCACAGAAACCAAGUGGCUCGGUCGAAUGGCUCAAGCUGGAUCUGCAAGAUUUGGCGAGUGUUCAAGCAGCUGCCAAGGCAUUUAGCAGCAAGGAGAGCAAGCUGGAUGUGCUGUACAACAAUGCAGGCAUCAUGGCAUCACCUUAUCAACUGACCAAGGACGGUAUUGAGAGCCAAUUCCAAACCAACCAUAUUGGUCCGUUCCUGUUCACCAAUCUCCUACUGCCCAAGCUCAAGCAAUCAACUGACGCCCGUAUUGUCGUCACCUCUUCAUCAGCACACAGUAUGUAUACUGCCAAUGAAGAUUCCUACACAAGUCUCGAGGAAGUCAACAGCCAGCACGGCUCUACCUGGACACGCUACGGUCAAAGCAAGCUCGCCAAUGUCUUGUUUGCCAUGGAGCUGGCCAACAAGUUUCCAGACAUCAAGACGAACGCCUGCCAUCCAGGUGUCAUCAAUACCGAGCUGAGUCGUGGUCCAGGCGCUUCGUAUGGCAAAGUCGUGCAGAAAGUCAUGGAGGGCACCAUGUGGUUCGGCUCAUCGGCUCUAGGUGCAGUUCUGUCGCCACCUCAGGGAGCCCUCACACAGCUCUUCCUGGGUACUGCAUUGGAAGUCAAGAGCCAAUCCAUCUCUGGCAAAUACUAUCAGCCUAUUGCA